CUAUUGUGUCAUUUUACCUUGAUCUAUCGAUGCUCAAGCGCCUUGAUUAGUGUUUUGUGUUGAUCAUGUAGCUAUGGUAAUCAUCCGAGGGUUUCCGUUAAUUCUUUAACAAUAUCAGCUUCGAUGUGACACCGGUAUCAGAAGAUCCACCAAAUAGUAAAGAAGAAUACUGGCAUUGAGAAAGCAUGCCACACUGGCAAGGAGAAAAUUCCCCGAACAGCAUCCAGGAAGUUUACGACUACGUCGACAGAAAGUUGAAAGCAUUGAAGACCAGGCUAGCAACCAAAGUUGAAAAGCAAUUCUACGGUAACGUUGAUCCAAUUCAAUUUCUCAUACAAGUAGAGGAGACAAUUAAGAGUAAGCAUCGGGUAAAGUGCAUUCAGAGCUUGGUUCCGAGAAUAUCAUCUCUGCAAGAUCUAGAACUGUUUUUCCGAACUUGUACAGAAAUGCGUCAAACAGGUGGUGUCAGAAAUGCCGUAUGCACAAAAAAUCUACAGGCUUUUGUCGACGCAUUAAAGAGGGCAUUGCUAAUGUUAAUUGAACUUCUUGAUGAAAUUAAAGACGUGUAUGCCAUUGUUCAGACUUUCUGCCGGAACUACCAAUCACUCGAGGGGGAAUUUGAUUUGAAAUGGGUGCGAGAGAUUAAUCUAGAAUUAAAAAACUCUAUUGCAAAUAUUGAGAACAUGGUCGAAAAUUCUGAAACGUCUUUGAAUACGAAGCUCUUCAGUUCUGCUAAGUUUUCGCUUGAAGUCGCGGAAGCAUGUGACACCAGACGCUACCCAAUAUUACGCCUGGUUCCAGAUGUCGUCCAUAAGUUUUAUCACGUGUUGUAUCUUCUGGGAAGAUGGCGCGUCAAUGACCAACUUUAUCUCGAAGAUAUUCAGUUCAAAAUAAUUGAAACAAAACGCUUCCAGCGCUUGAAACAAGAGGAAUACAAUUCGUUGGAGCUUGAACAUAGCAACAUACUCACUAUAACCGUAGAAAGACGCGUUCGGGUGAAAAUUAGAGAAGUGCGCGAACGUCUGCGCCAAAUGGAACAAGACGUUCAGAAACUCACUAAAAUGAAAAGAAUUAUGGAAAGUGAAAGACACGAUGCAGAGAAAGUAAUCCUGGAGAGAAAGCAUGUUUUAAACUUCAACAAAAAUGCUAUAGGUAACAGUUUACCACCAGAAAUUGACAAUGUUUUAGGUCUUAAGAAAGACAUCAGAAUUCUAGUGAAGAAGCACAAGUCCUUGACCAAGUCACUGAAGAUAAAUGAACGGGAUGUUAAAUUUAAAUUGAUUGAGAAAAAAAAUCUCGAGAACACGUUUGAAGAUAUGCGGACGUUAGUGACUCGCUCAAACCAGUUAGCUUCUGAGAGAACUAAACUGCUAAAGAAAAUAUCGAUUAUCACGGAAACGAUUGGUGAACUGGAGUCAAUAUUUUAUAGGAAAACUGAUCGUUCCAAACUCAUUUUGGCUUAUAAUGAUGUCAAAAACAUACUGGCUAUAUGAAAAUUAUUCAAUUAUAACAGUACAUUUCUUAAUCUGAAGACAAUUGUUGAACUUCAUAAGCAUGUAGCCUAUUAUUAGUGUUGUUAUUAUUAUUAUUAUUAUUAUUAUUAUUAUUAUUAUUAUUAUUAUUAUUAUUAUUAUUAUUAUUAUUAUUAUUAUUAUCGGCAUUGUCAUCAUCAUAAAGACUAUCGUUGCCAUUAUUAUUGUCAUCAUCAUCAUCAUUAUUAAUAACAUCAUCAUACGGUAAUCCUUAAGCGACGAACUGAGUUACAUACAACUAGUUUUAGUACUGUAAAUGUUCUUCCUUUUCUUAAUUAGGUUCCUGAUUUUGCAGUAGGCUUCUGUUUAUGCCUACCUUUUCUUAAUAAACCUACCAAAAAAGA